GCUACCCGUCCGGACAUCAUUAAUUCCUUCAACACCAGUCCUUGACUGCGCUUCCUUCUUUGCAACCUCUUCUAGCUCCUAGCUCCGAUUUACGGUUUCGACAAUCUCACCACAGCUAUCAUGAGUUUCCAGAACUACGAAUUCCAAGGCCAGCAGCCCACCGAAGAGGGCGGUGCUCCCGGUGGCGCGGGCGCGCAACAACAACAACAGCAACAGCCCCAGAUGGGCCAGCCCAUUGACAACUCCCAGGCCCAAUUCCAGGGCGGCAACAUGGGUGCGCCAGGAUCCGCCGGCGGUGAACAAUCCGGCGAUUCCAAGACGACUCUUUGGAUGGGCGAAUUGGAGCCUUGGAUAGAUGAGAACUUCAUCCGCAGCAUCUGGUUCGGCAUGGGCGAGCAGGUCAACGUGAAAAUGAUCCGUGACAAAUUCUCCGGAAGCAAUGCUGGAUACUGCUUCGUAGACUUCCCCAACCCUGCGGCGGCCGCCAAAGCCUUGACUUUGAACGGCCAGCUUAUUCCUAACUCCAAUCGCCCGUUCAAGCUGAACUGGGCUUCUGGCGGUGGUCUUGCUGACCGAAGCCGCGACGACCGCGGCCCCGAAUUCUCCAUCUUCGUCGGGGAUCUCGGACCGGAGGUCAAUGAAUACGUCCUGGUUUCCCUCUUCCAAGGCAAAUUCCCGUCCUGCAAGUCCGCGAAGAUCAUGUCCGAUCCAAUCAGCGGUCUGUCCCGUGGCUAUGGCUUCGUUCGCUUUGCUGACGAAGGCGACCAACAACGCGCCCUGACCGAGAUGCAAGGCGUCUACUGCGGCAAUCGCCCCAUGCGCAUCUCCACCGCGACUCCCAAAAACAAGAGCGGUGGCCCCGGAGGUCCUCCCGGCGGCAUGAAUAUGCAAGGUGCUGGAGGCCCAGUUGGCAUGUACUCCAUGGGCGCCCCACCCAUGGGCUACUACGGCGCUCCUCAACCCAUGAACCAAUUCACCGACCCCAACAACACCACCGUCUUCGUUGGAGGUCUCUCUGGCUACGUCACCGAGGACGAGCUACGCUCCUUCUUCCAGGGCUUUGGCGAAAUCACAUACGUCAAGAUUCCGCCCGGCAAGGGAUGCGGCUUCGUCCAAUUCGUACAGAGACAUGCUGCCGAGAUGGCAAUCAACCAGAUGCAGGGCUACCCGAUCGGCAACUCACGCGUCCGUCUCAGCUGGGGACGUAGCCAGAACAACUCGGGCCCGGCAGGAACUCCUUAUCGUCCGGCUCCACCUCCCCCGGUGUACCCCUCAAUGGGCAUGCCUCCUAGCCAUCCUUUCGGCAAUUACGCACCCAUGAAGCAAAUCUUUUCCCUCACUUUCACGGCGGCACCUCGAGCGUCCAAGGUUUCCCAACGGUUGGCUUGCUCAAUGAUUUCCAUACUUAUGAAUGCCCACCUCACGACCCCUUUCCCGAAUCUGGAGCCCCCUUUAUCUGUCAUUGGGUGGUAAAUGCUCUCUAAAAGUUGCCAUAUCAUGAAUGCUUUCUCCUUCUGCUUUCCGUGUUGGGUGGCCUAGAGAAAAACUCCUGUGUACAACAGCUCUUGCUUGCUCGGGGUUCCAGAUGGAAGGUGUUGCCUUCUCUUUCCUUUCUAUUUCUCUUUGCUACUGGGAUGGGGGAUUCGGGGUGUCCCCGGUUUUGUUAUUAGCUAGCACCUAGUUUCCACUUUUCCCCUUGAGUUCCAGCUUGAGCGAGGCCGGUGGACAGACAAUUCUUUCUUGCUUUGCUACUUGCGAUAUCUACUGCCUUAUAUUACCCUCAU